CCACUUCAGGACUGACGUAAAAAGAAAUGGACGCACAGAGUGACAACAACAGCGCCUAGGUUUUAUGCUGUACAGAUAGGAACGUGGGAACCUAAACGGUUAUGUGAAGUGUUUGUUAAUCUAUUGACUACAGCAAUGUAGGUUUUGUUUUUCUUUAAGUGGUUACCUAUUUUUAGACUAUCUGACUCUCGAUAAUAAGGCAGGAAAGGACAGACCAGGCAAGCCACCAACCACACCACUGUCAAGUAACCUACUGUAUCAGCAUAGCUGUCGUAUAGGAUGGCAGGAGUGUUCGACAUAGACCUGGAGAGUGAGGAUGUCAGUGAUACAGAGGAUGAUGUCUGUGAGUUCACUGCAACAGAACCAGAAAAUGUACAGAAGGAGGAGGUGGAGCUGACGUCUGAAAGUGUCAACAGAGGCAGCGAAAAAGUUGGACCUGACUGCUUUGAGCUUCUUACUGUGCUAGGAAAAGGUGCCUAUGGCAAGGUUUUCCAGGUGAGGAAGGUUCAAGGUGCCCAGACGGGAAAGAUUUUUGCAAUGAAAGUCCUGAAGAAGGCUAAAAUAGUGUGCAAUGCUAAAGACACAGCCCAUACGAGAGCAGAGCGGGAAAUCCUGGAGACAGUGAGGCACCCGUUUAUCGUGGAUUUGCUUUAUGCCUUCCAGACUGGGGGAAAACUCUACCUUAUUUUGGAAUGUCUAAGCGGAGGGGAGCUUUUCAUGCAGCUGGAGAAAGAAGGCAUCUUCAUGGAAGACACUGCUUGUUUCUAUUUAGGAGAAAUCACAAUGGCCUUAGGUCACCUCCACUCCAACGGGAUCAUUUACAGAGACCUCAAACCUGAAAAUAUCAUGCUAAAUCACCAAGGACACAUCAAGCUGACUGACUUUGGCCUCUGUAAGGAAUCAAUUCAUGAUGGCACAGUUACGCACACGUUCUGUGGUACCAUAGAAUACAUGGCUCCAGAGAUCCUGACAAGGUCAGGGCACAACAGAGCAGUAGACUGGUGGAGCUUGGGUGCACUAAUGUAUGAUAUGAUGACUGGCUCACCUCCUUUUACAGCUGAAAACAGGAAGAAAACUAUUGAUAAAAUCUUGAAGUGUAAACUUAAUCUUCCCCCAUACCUGACCGUAGACGCCAGGGAUCUCAUUAAAAAGCUCUUAAAGAAGAAUCCAGGUCAAAGACUUGGCUCUAGUAAAGCAGAUUGUGCAGAUGUACAGAAACAUCUUUUCUUCAAGCACAUUAAUUGGGAUGACCUUUUGAACAAGAGAGUGGAGCCACCAUACAAGCCACAGCUGCAAUCAGAUGAGGACGUCAGUCAGUUUGAUACUAGAUUCACCAGACAAACACCAGUGGACAGUCCAGAUGAUUCCUCACUCAGCCACAGUGCAGAACUCGCUUUUGCUGGUUUCACCUAUGUGGCUCCUUCAGUUCUAGAGAAUCUGAAAGAGGGUUUCUCUUUUGAACCCCGAAUACGACAUGUCCGCCGACACAACAGCAGUCCACGCACACCCAUCAGUCCUGUAAAGUUUUCAUCUGCGGGACCCUUCAAAUCGAGCAUGGACUGUGAGCCAGAACCUUUCUCGCUCACCUCUCCACUGGAAGCUGCACAGGUGCCUGAGCCACUGGAAAAUGGAACAACCAGUCAGCCCAUCAGGACUCCUGCCAGGAACAAAAAGCAGAAGGGCCGCCGCAGAUGAGGAAGAAAUGCUCAGAGCCAGCCUUGGUCAGCCUAACAUUUUUGUAGUGUUCUUAGGCACUGCUUUGUUUUAACUGAUUUUGUGCUUUUGGUAAACUGUUUGAUUUUUUUUUUUUUUUGUUAUUCAUCUUGAAAAUGUAGUCAUAGUGUCUAGUAUAGUAAAUCAUAUUAACAAUUCUUAGAAGUAAGUGGAAUUUUCAUAUAAUGAGCCAUUUUUAAAUGGUCAUUUAAGCUUUAAUUGAAAAUUUCUAUAAGCCUGCACUUAAUGUUCUGUUAUGCUGUGGCUCUAAAAUCUUAAUGAAAGCUAUAACUGUAUAUAAGGUUUUCACAAAUAGCUAUAUAGUGAGGCAACAGAACUAUUGCGUCUCUUUCAUGGCCUGUAUUUCCUUAUGUAUUAGGAGUAGUUCAGAUCAGGUAAUGAUGUUGAUUGGUGUGUCAUUUGAACAACUUAAAUAGUAAGAUGAUAUCAUGUUUUGGGGUAUGCCUACAUUCUCAAUAAGCGUACUUAAUGAAAAUGCUAUCUUACAUUUACUUUGUACAGUGAAUGUGUUUAUUUUGAUGGUAAUGCUGUUUUUCACCGAUAACUGCAUGUCUAUUGCAUCAAACAUAGACAGGGUGAUAGAAAUUGCAAAGUCUGGCUACAGUCAGGAAAAAAAGUUUUUGAGAUUUUGAAGGUUUGCCCACUAACAACGAAAUGAUCAGUCUAUAACAUCAAUGGUAGGUUUAUUUGAACAGUGAGAGACACAACAAUAACAAUAAAUCUAGAAAAAUGCAUUUAAAAAAAGUUAAACAUUAAUUGUAUAAAUGUUCACGAAUGAUAUAAGUGUUUAGUAUUUAAUCCUUUUGCAAAAUCUGACCACAACACUUUCACCCAGUCUUCCUCUGAAUCAGUCAGAUGUUCAGUGGCAAACUUCAAAUGGGUCUGUAGAUGUGCUUUCUUGAGCAGGGGGACCUUGUGGGCACAGCAGGAUUUCAGCCCUAGUGUGUUAAUAACUUUGGUGACUAUGGUCUAAGCUGCCUUGAGAUCAUUGGAAAGUUCCUCCUGAGUAAUUCUGGGCUGAUUCACCAUCAUUCCCAUUAUCACUGAAACUCCACGAAGUGAGAUCUUGCAUGGAUCUGCAGACCGAGGGAGAUUGGCAAUUAAUAACCUUUCAUAACUUUUUUUGAAAUGCAUUUUUCUGGAUUUUUUUGUUGUUGUGUCUCUCAUUGUUCAAAUAAACCUACCAUUGAAAUUAUAGACUCAUAAUUUUUUUGUUAGUGGGAAAACGUUUAAAAUCAGCUAGAGUUCAAAUAAUUUUUCCCUGACUGUACCAGAAGGAACUACAGUUUAUUUAGAUAUUUGGGUAGUGAGGAGCCUACUUGUUCUACCAUUUCAAAUCAAAUUUCCCCAAAAUUGCAUAAUCUAACAAUUACAUAUUUGAAUGAAGUGUGACAGAUUAUAAGUAUGUGUGGACUGCCGUGGACUAUCAGAAUAGAUACCUUUUUCAAUCUCAGCUGUAAUCCACAAAGCAAAGCCGUUUGAGGUGAGUGUGGAUAUCACAGAGAUACAAACCCUUCAUCUGCAUCCGUCCAUUUACAAAAAAUGGAACCCAAAAAAGGCCAUCCUGUGUUGUUUACAAUAAAGAGAAAGCCUUUGGUGUUGGUUAGAGAGUCCAACGAAUGAGCACUUUUUCUCCGUGCCUUGUAACUGCGCCAUGUCGGCUGGAUCGUAGUCAGCUGAACUAAGCCAGUGACUUGCAAUGGACUAAUGUCAGAAGGCGCAUGUCCAGUUUUCAGCUGAUUUUGUCUUUGGUGGUGUUCGGACUAAACUUAAGGGGAGACUGUGUGAAGAAUUGUGAACAGACCGCUCUGGUAAAGAAUUGGACUAAUUAGCAAAUGCCAAGAAAUUAGGAGUGCACUUCUUCAGAGUUUGUGUAAACAUGCACCCUAGAAUCAUAAAUUCCCAACUGCCAAGUCUUGAGUGAUCAGUAUUUACACUGAACAAAAAUUGUUUUAAAUUUUAUGAACUGAACUCAAAGAUCUAAGACUCCUUAUAUGUACAUAAAGGGCCUAUUCCUCUCAAAUAUUGUUCUUAAAUUCGUGUUAGUGAGUAUUUCACCCUUGCUAAGAUGUGGGCGGCCAUCUGCCUCGACCGGUUUGGAUGAGAGGAUAGACAAAGAGCACAAGAACAAUCAAAAACAGAGCAGGAUGGUUGGACCUGGGACUGGACACAGACAGGAUGGUUGGAUCCACAGCUACCCAGCGAAAACACAACGGUCUGGCCUGAUGAUACAUGUAGGUGAGGACAGUGUGGGGGAGAAAGAGAGUGAGAAGCGCAAUUACUGAAGGGAAAGAGACAUGGUUAGUUAAACAUAGAACAACAAUGGGAUGUUAUUGACUAGAAGAAAUAGAUGAAAAUAAAAAUGCUCUGUUGAAUUAAGUGCCAUUAGCCUUUGUCUGUUGCAGCUUAACUAUGAGAUUGUUCCUGUGACUAACAAUCAUUGCCAGUGACCUGUACCAUCUCUAACUAAAAGCUUUAUCAAAAAGGAAGGUUAAAGCCUGAUCUUAGAAGAACCUGGUAGCUAAAAGCUCUGCUUCUCAUUCUUCUCCUUCUAGACUCUAGGAACCACAAGUAGCUUAACGCUCAAAGAACGAAGUGUUCUGCUGGGAGCAUAGGGAACUACUAUAAGAGGUCUUAAAGAUGAGAAUGACCUUUAUCAUUAAAUGCUUUGGAGGUGAGUAGGAGAAUUGUAAUCCAUCCACCUCACAUAUGACAUAUAAAGAUGCUAAUUACACAGCAUGAUUAUUGCACGGGUGUACCUUGGGCUGGUAAAAGGCCACUAUAAAAUGUACAGUUUUAUCAUACAGCACAAUGUCACAGAUGGUGCAUGUUUGGAGAGAGAAUGCAAUCGGAGUACUGACUGCAGGAAUGUCUACCAGAGCUUUUCUUCCACAAUAAGACAUCUCCGAGGCCUUUCAAAGAAUUUGGCAGUACAUCCAACCGGCAUCGCAAUCAAAGACCACACGUACUGUAAUCACACCAGCCUACGAUCAUCCAGGAUCGUCUGAGAGGAAUCACCUGGACAGCUGCUGCGACAAUCGGUUUGCAUAUCCAAAGAAUUUCUGCAUAAAUUGUCAGAAACUGUCUCAGGCAAGCUCAUCUGCAUGCUAGUCAUUCUCAACAGAGUCUCGACUCGAGGCCCAUUGUUGUGCCUUUCAUCCACAACUGUCACCUCAUGUUGCAGCAUGAUAAUGCAUGUUGCAAGAAAUGCAGGUUUUCAGUUCCUGCCAACAUUGAGCUGUGGACCAACAUUCCACAGGCCACAAUCAACAACCUCACACAAACCAAAGCAUUUAUAUUUUUUUCAAUGUAAAUACUCAUAUUCUACUUUCUAAAACUCUUGCCUUGUUUAAACCAAUUAUGUCUCCACAUAAUUUUAUGUGGAGACAUAAUUGCUUUAAACAUAAUUAAUUUCCUACCCUCUUUUAAAACUUUAUUUUUUUAUUACCAAACUACAGUACAUGUGUGAUCAGUGUUAAGAUGUAUUUUUAGCUCAUUAUGAGGAACACUCUUUGAAUAGCACUCAUAGCUUCUAUAAUUUUACAGUUAAUACAAAAUUUGGAACAGCAUAUGCUUUCAUUCAGUCAGACAAUUUCAGCGUUUUUCAGGGAGGGAUCACAUUUUGCACCUUUUGCUCAUUGCUCAAUAAUUUAAAAAUCCUGCCUCAGUAUAAAUACACCUCUUGAACCAUAGACAUAAUGUUGGAUCUUUUGAUCAUGCAGCCCUCCUGUUUAUACCAAAUUGCAAACUUCAAGCCUGUUUUCAAAUCAUGUGAGGUUUACAGCAACCAAGAAUUCAAGCCAACACAUUUUUUAGGUACUACGUUACUAAACUAAGUAAUAGUUAUUGAAAUGUUCAUAUUAAUUUGGUCACCAGGAAUCUUAGGGAGCUUUUCAGAUAUCGUAUAUUGUCAAUCAAUGCUGAUUCAAUAAAGUUAUUCAGUCACUUAC